UAAGGUGACAUGUGUUUGCAGAGCUCCAGCCCGGAUAGCGACACGAGUGCGGAGUGCCUGCUUCAACUGCUGCAGCAGUGCGAGCCUGCCACAGCGCACGCCAUACGGGAUACCGUCGAGAGACACAAAAGGGAGGUGUCAGAGCUCGAGCAGGAGUUGCAGUGUCGCGUAUCGAUGGUGGCGACGCACCGCGGCAAGGUGGAGAGACUGCAGGCCGAGCUCGCCCUCCUACAUACACAGCAGCUGGGGCUCAGGCAUGCCCUCGCUGCUGACCUUACCACAAGGCCAGAGGGUGGUGAGUUGUCACCUAUAGAGGGGGUGAAGCGAUCCAAGUCUGAACUGGUGCUGCGUAGGGCUCCCCGCGAGGAGACCCUCGAUCCACUGUCUGCUGACGAACGGGAAGAUUUCUGCGCCAAGAAGAUGAGGUAACCUUGCGAUUAUGUUUUCUUAUAUAACUCAUAGCAGUCGUUAAUGUCACACAAAAUAUGUUUGUAUUAGUAUAAUAGUUUAAGUAUAAGUUUAAUAAUUUUUUUUUAUGAUUAGUAAGGAUUUUUUUUCAAUAUGUAUUCUCCAUUGAAAAAAAAAUUUUAACAGUCGUUUCUCGGUCUGUCAUUCAUUUACCCACCAAUACUGUAAGCAUUUAA